CUCGCGAGACAGCGUAUAGACGCACGUUAGCCUUGGCGUGUUUAUUGAUUUUGGUACUGGACCGUGAACACAGCGUUUUGUAGGCUAACUGCAUACAUUUUGCCAUAAUGCGUAAAUGAUACGUUUACUGUAACGUCAGCACUUGCAGAUGACAAGCGUGUUGUGAUGUAGGACAACAGUGAAGAUACAGAAGAGCAGCAGCAGCAGCAGAAUCAUCACAGGCUAUUGAACCGGAACGCCAUCAGGAAUUGUGCACAGCAGAUAGCUAUCGACUGGUGAAGGUGUAAAGGUGUCUCUUUGCUUCAGUCUUGGAGGAUUUCACAUUCACAGAUGGCGUCAAAUUCUCGAGUGUCUAUUCUGGAUUACUUCAAUAUUGUCUUCGAGGGCGAAAAUGGCAAAAUUGAAUCUAACUGCAAAGCUUGUGGCACAAGAAUACAGGCAAAGCGAACAGUUACCUCUAACUUCGUUACACAUUUAAAGAUGGUAUUCAUUAGCGUCCUCUUCUCUCCAACUCUUCUAAGCACCUCUUCAUUACUGAUCAUCUCUGUCCAACUGAUCUUCUCCAUACGUCUCCAAAACCACAUCUCACAACUUUCCAGUCUCUUCCUGUCAGUCUUCAUUGUCCAAGUUUCUGAGCCAUACAGGAGCACACUCCAAACCAGACUCUUGACUAGUUUCUUCUUCAAUCUCCUGUUCAAUCCUUUUGUGAGCAGCAUUUUGUGUUUGUUGAAAGCAUCUUUUGCCAUGCGUAAACAUCAAGCAAUGUACAAUGAGUUUUUGAGGAAAAAAGAUGUCAAAAGAGAGGCCUAUUCUUCUGCGGCGGUGCAGUCUUACACACCCAUAAGCGGGGCCAGUCGAAUAGCUUCUCACAGUGCAGCAGGAACAACCAAAUUUGACCGGAGUGAUCCACGACAGUCCCUCAUUUCUGAAACAAUUGCCAAAAUGAUCAUCCGUGACCUGCAACCUGUGCAAAUUGUAGAGAAUGAGGGCUUCUGUGAGCUACUUAAGCUCCUUGAGCCUCGUUAUGUCCCAGAGCCAAGCCAUUACAUACAACAGCAGCUUCUCCCGGCUUACAGCUACCAAGUACAGCUAGCGACCAAGCUGGCGCUCUCAGGAGUUGAGUCCUGCAGUAUCACCUUGGACCUGUGUAGGAGCAAUGCUGUGUCUGUCAACAACUGUUCUGGCUACCUGGGAGUGACAUGCCAUUUCAUAACCCCAGACUGGCAGAUCAAAUCCACGCUGUUAUCAUGUAUUCCUCUCCAAAAUGUUAAGGACACUCAGCGCAUGCUCACGGAGUUUGAUGAGAUUUGUCAUGUUCAUGAUAUCUCCGGUAAGGUGUUUCGCAUUGUUGUUGAUCCCUCCCCUUGUGAAAGCCGAUCUACCUUCCGCCUGCCUGGUUUUUAUCUCCAUGAUAAUGGUGUUGUGGAAGACGAGGAGGAAGAUUGUAGCGAUGAAGAAAUUCGUGCAGGCGAAGGUAAGGAUACUGUUGGUGGAGAAGAAGAGCAGAAUUCUUUAAAUCAGUGCCUGGGUCAGUGUAGGAUAGACUGCUUUGCCCAUUCAUUGGGUCGGUGCAUACGAGAAGGGAUCUGUUCUUCCUCUCAGCUAUCCAUAACCCUCACUAAAGUGGCUUGCUUUUACAACUAUGUUGUUGCUACAGUGAGUCCUGAAAAACUUAGUAAAGUGUUUGGUCCUGGCAGAGUAGGAAAUGGACAGCGUCCAUCAGCUUUGGACGGGCACUGGAACACCCAACUAAAGACAAUGCGACAAAUGCUUGAAUCCUUGGAUUUUUUGGAGGACAUUGUGGACAGAAAUGACUUGGCUCUCAACAGUGUUGAAAAAGCAACACUGCAAGAACUGGUUGAGAUCUUGGAACCUUUUGAGGAAGCUACAGAUAUGGUCCAGGGAGACAAACAUGUGUCUAUCAGUCUUGCUCUCCCCAGCGUCCUGGGCCUACGUAAGCAUCUGGCAGAAGUUGUGACACAUCAGUGUGCAGGACUGGUAACAGGAUUGACUUAUGCACUGGACCAGAAAUUAUCUGGCAUCCUGGAAGAUCCUCUAUUUGUGACAGCCACUACCCUGGACCCUCAGUUCAAGCUUUCUUGGAGCAGUGACCGGGACUGGCACAAGCAGGUUCUCCUGGAAGAGAUGGGAAAGCACACCCAGGCUGUGAGUCCACCAGAGCCCAAUUCAGAUGCUCAGCCAUCCCCAUCUAAACGCAGCAGACUAUUCUCUUUCAUCAAAGAAAGGCCAUCCACACAGGCCAAGAGUAUGGAACAGGAGCUGGCUGCAUACCUGCAUGAGGAGCCCACAGAUGAAGAUCCCCUGCAGUACUGGAAGCGCAAGUCUAUUGAUUUUCCUUUACUUUCACUAGUGGCCAAGAAAGUGUUUACAGUGCCAGCUACAAGAACAGCAGUGGAAAGGAUAUUCUGCUUUGUGGGCAAAACCGUAAGACCCAAACACUGCCGACUCCUUCCAAAAAACCUAGAUACACUGAUUUAUUUGAAGGCCAACUACAGCAUAUUGUGGUCUUAACUGCUUUAAAAAGGCGUAUUUACAGGACACUGGCAGAAGCUUUAGAGUACAUGGUGUUUUUUUUUUUUUUUUUUUUUUUAAAUCAAAGGAUGCCUCAAACCCUGACUCUACCCCAAAUUAACUGCAGAAUCACCCAAAGUAACGUUAACUCCUUUAGUCUGUAUACAGGUACUGAGACAUUUACUGAAUCAAUCAAAUAGCAUGUUUCACACAUGUAACCCCUUGUUAUUUCUACUUGGCUUUUACAUGAAUUGUAUUUACGUUUACAUUUCUUUCAUUUAUCAGAUUCUCACGCAGAGUAAUCCAUGCAUGGAGUUGAGCAGUUGAGGAAUGUGAACUUAAUCAGGGACACAACAGUGGCCCUCUUGCAGUCCUGAAAGUGAACACUUGCUAGUUCAGAACCUUAGCUGACCUAUGACGACCCCUGCUAUCAAAUCCAAAUAAUUGAUUGAACUUAACAACAAUAAUAAAGUUCCUCCUUGAUACAAUUGAUUCUUAAUAGACAUGAAAACGCAGAAUCUGGGCUCCCAUGUGGUACAGUAUUAGUAUUAUGCCCUAUCAUCAGGACAUAAUGAGUUUGAAUUCUGACCAUGCCAUAGCCAUAUGUGGUAAAGUUGGGGAGGAAAUGGGGGAAAAAAAUGAAGAAAAUACAACCCCGAUUCCAAAAAAGUUGGGACAAAGUACAAAUUGUAAAUAAAAACGGAAUGCAAUAAUUUACAAAUCUCAAAAACUGAUAUUGUAUUCACAAUAGAACAUAGACAACAUAUCAAAUGUCGAAAGUGAGACAUUUUGAAAUUUCAUGCCAAAUAUUGGCUCAUUUGAAAUUUCAUGAUAGCAACACAUCUCAAAGUUGGGACAGGGGCAAUAAGAGGCUGGAAAAGUUAAAGGUACAAAAAAGGAACAGCUGGAGGACCAAAUUGCAAC